AUGAGUUCUACCCUUCAUCAAUCGGCUUACACUUUGGUGUAUGACCCGAGCCCGAGUUUGGUCGGAUACACAAGGGAGGAGCUGCAAAGAUCGCUGGAAAAGGGAUCUGAUGAAGAAAAGAUCAAUACGAUGAAGAGGAUACUGGUUAUGAUGCUGGACGGCAAUCCAAUGCGCGAGAUUUUGAUGCACGUCAUCAGAUUUGUAAUGCCAUCCAAAAACAAGCAAUUGAAGAAGCUGCUGUAUUUUUACUGGGAGAUUGUGCCCAAACUUGAUUCCGAAGGUAAAUUGAAACAGGAGAUGAUUUUGGUGUGCAAUGCAAUCCAACACGAUUUGCAGCAUCCAAAUGAAUACAUUCGCGGUAACACGUUGCGUUUCUUGACGAAAUUGCGCGAGGCUGACUUAUUAGAACAAAUGGUGCCUGCUGUUAGACAGUGUCUGGAGUACCGCCACGCUUAUAUUCGCAAAUACGCGAUUUUAGCAGUAUACUCAAUCUUCAAAGUCAGUGAACAUUUGAUUCCGGAUGCCCCACAGAUUAUUGACUCGUUUUUAGUCGCGGAAACCGAUCCAAUCUGCAAGAGGAAUGCAUUCUUGGGGUUGGCGGAGCUAGACCGGGAAUCUGCUCUCAACUAUUUGCAAGAAAACAUUGCGUCUAUUGAAAGCCUCGACUCUCUUUUGCAGGGUGCCUUCAUAGACUUUAUUCGCAAAGACGCGAUCCAAAUUCCAACUUUGAAGCCUCAAUAUGUUGACUUACUCCAAGAUCUUCUCGCAGCUACAACCUCUCCGGAAGUUGUUUUUGAGGCAGCAUUGGCCCUCACCGUGCUAUCCAGUGAUCCCAAGGUCUUGUGCGAAGUAGCGUCUAAAUUGAUCGACGUUGCCGUCAAGGAAUCUGACAACAACGUGAAGCUUAUUGUGCUGGAAAGAAUUCAGGACAUUCAUCAAAGAGCCCCCGGUCAUCUAGAAGAACUUACAUUAGACAUUUUGCGGGUUUUGUCCGCACAAGAUCUGGAUGUAAGAGCCAAAGCACUAGAUAUUGCUCUAGAGCUAGUGUCUUCUAGGAACGUGGAUGAUGUAAUAAAGCUAUUGAAGAAAGAGCUUCAGACAACAAUUACCAAUGCGCACAAUGAUGAAAAAUCUACUGACUAUAGACAGAUACUGAUCGAAAACAUGCACAAGGUGGCCAUUCGAUUCGCUGAGGUAUCGGCAGAUGUCGUAUCGCUCUUUUUGGAGUCCAUAGGCAACCUAAGCUCCAACGCUGCUAGCGGUGUAAUUUCUUUCAUCAAGGAAGUUAUCGAAAAAUACCCUCAGCUCAGAAAAGAAAUUCUUCAACAUUUGAUUGGCGCUCUUUCGUACGUGCAUUCCGCUAAAGCCUAUCGUGGCGCUUUAUGGAUUCUGGGUGAGUAUUCUUUGGAUGCUGCUGAUGUCCAAAGCUCCUGGAAGCACAUUAGGAGCAGUGUAGGAACCUUACCAAUUAUUCAGUCAGAGGCUAGCGAGACAGAGGAUGAGUCUGCCAAACAGAAUGUUGCUCCGGAAGUCGGGCCCUCGUCGGGCCCUGUUGUCUUGCCCGAUGGUACCUACGCUACUGAAUCUGCUUUUGCUUCCGCUCCUACGAAUACUGCAACCAAUGAGGAGAAGGAGUCCAAGCCACCACUUCGCCGCUUCACUCUGAGUGGUGACUUCUACACUGCUUCUGUUCUGGCUACUACAAUCCUUAAAUGCGUUUUGAGAUUCGAAAAGUCGUCGAAAGACGCUACUGUUCUCAACGCAUUGAAAGCUGAGGCAAUGCUCAUUCUUGUUAGCAUCCUAAGGGCUGGCCAAAGUAACCUGGUGGAAAAGAAGAUUGAUGAGGACUCUGCAGAGAGAAUACUUGUCGCGCUGUCUAUUCUAAUGGACCAAACGAGCUACGAAGACGCCGAGAGCAAGAAAUUAUUGGAGUUAGCUUAUUUGGAGGCCACGAAAAAUUCUUUUGAGCUGAAAGUUGCAAGUGAAGAACGCGAGUUUGCGAAGAAACAUGCUUCUGUUUUGGCUCGCACAGCCGAUCCAAUAGACAAAGCAGUUUCUUUCCGCCAAUUUGCCGCAAAUGAUAUUCACAGUACGCCCAUCGACACGAUCAACGAAGACCUAGAAAAGGCCAUAAGCGGCGAUGCUUUGCAUUUGAAUGCCUCUAAUUCUGUUAUUUCGAAGUUGCGGAAAGUAGUUCCUCUCACUGGUUUCUCGGACCCCGUUUACGCGGAAGCCUACAUCACUAACCAUCAGUUUGAUGUCGUAAUCGAUGUUUUAUUGGUUAAUCAGACCAAGGAAACUCUGAAAAACCUCCACGUCCAGUUCGCCACUCUGGGAGAUCUCAAAAUCAUCGAUAAUCCUCCUAGCACAAAUGUGGUAGCUCACGGGUUUCAUAGACUUACUAUCACCGUGAAGGUCUCAUCUGCGGACACCGGUGUUAUUUUUGGGAACAUUGUCUACGAUGGUGGGCACGGAGAGGAUGCUCGUUACGUGAUAAUGAAUGACAUACAUGUUGAUAUUAUGGACUAUAUCAAGCCGGCCAAAACAGAUGAUGCCACUUUCCGUAAAAUGUGGAAUGCCUUUGAAUGGGAAAAUAAAAUCACCGUCAAAUCCAAGCUCCCAACGCUGCAUGCAUACUUAGAGGAACUUGUUAAAGGCACUCGUAUGGGCGUUCUCACAUCGGAAGAAGCUUUGGGCGAAAAAGACUGCAGAUUUUUGAGUUGUAACCUUUACUCGAAGUCCACAUUUGGGGAGGACGCGCUAGCCAACUUGUGUAUCGAGAAGGAUCCUAUAUCGGAAGAAGUUGUAGGUCACGUCCGUAUUCGGUCGAAGGGUCAAGGGCUGGCUCUCUCUAUGGGUGACAGAGUUGCCUUGAUAGCAAGGCAGAUGAACAAAGUCAAAUUGGACCGCGUUUAG